UUGUCGGAGCGGGAGGGGGAAAGUCGGAGGAACUACUUUCCGGGCGUGCGCAGUCCAUCCGGCGACGGCGAUUCUAUCCUAGCAGUGGGGCCUGCGGCUGCUGAGAUGGGCGCCGCUACCGCCGAAGCGGAUCGGACUCUCUUUGUGGGCAACCUCGACAUUAAAGUGACGGAGGAGCUGCUCUUCGAGCUUUUCCACCAGGCAGGUCCUGUAAUAAAAGUUAAAAUUCCAAAGGAUAAAGAUGGUAAACCAAAGCAGUUUGCAUUUGUGAAUUUCAAACAUGAAGAAUCUGUUCCUUAUGGAAUGAAUCUACUUAAUGGAAUAAAACUUUUUGGAAGGCCCAUCAAAAUUCAGUUCAGAUCAGGAAGUAGUCAUGCUUCUCAGGAGGUUAGUUCAUCAUAUUCCCAGCAUAAUCUUGGGAAUGCAAGUCCAUCUAGCAUACCACAGUCCACUUCAGCUUCUAGCAGAUACGAAAGGAAUAUGGAUAACUUGACAUCUGGAUAUAAUUCUGCACAAAUGCUACAGAGGUCUUUCUCAUCUCCAGAUAACCUUCAAAGACAGGCUGUGAUGAACAACGUUCUGUGGCAGCAGCAGGGAUCAUUCAGUGGGAAGUUUGUACCUCAGCACUUGGAUCAGCCUGGUUUUACACCCUCAGGGCAGCAGCAUGGUCAUUCAUUUAACCUUUCUCCAAGCUCCCAGUGGUGCCAGGAUACACCAAUGUCACAGAGAAAAACCAGACAGAACUCCCAUCCCUAUCAGUCAGAUAGGCUCUAUAGCCGUGAGCAGCGUUAUGGGGAUCAUGGAUCUGACCAUCAUUAUAGAGCAAACAGAGAUGAUUCCUACUAUGAAGAUAGGAUCCAUGAUGGUUGGAGCCAUGACUAUGAUAGCAGAAGAGAAAACAGUAGGGAUGGAAAAUGGCGCCCAUCUCGGCACUAAUGAGUAUUAAGAUGAACUUUUUAAAAAAGGGUCAGAUUAGACCCUAUUAGCUGUGUUGACGUGGAAAUGACUUCUUUGCAAAACUGUAGAAAACAGCCCUGAAAGUUGUUACAUUUCCUUUUUAAAAUUUUUUAACUUACCUGCAGUAUAAUACAGGAGAGAAAAAAUAGUGGUUCCAGUUUUAUUAUAUUAAAAGCCUUUCACCUCAGGGUUUUAUGAAGAGGAAAGGUUUUUUGGUUGGGUUUUUUUUUUUUUGGUAUUUUUUGCAGAAAACAAAGUGCCACAACUCCUAAUCAUUGUAGUAAGUUUAGGAAAAGGGGUGGAUUGUAAAGUUUGGUUGUAUUAUAAAGAAAAUAUUUUAAUUAUUUGUAACUUUUUGUAGUGUAACACAGUUGUCUUGGUAGUAAAUCCUAUUUUGGUGUGUGUGUGGUAGAAUAUACAUCAAAGUUGAUAGUCCAAAAUGGCUAUCUGUAUUUUGUUAUUAAACUGGAAAAUAUUACUUUUCAAUGAUCCAUUUUACUGAAAAUAGUAUUCAAGCAAAUAUCCUUGUAAAAUUUAGGGAUAAAUCAUAUUGGUUUAACUUUUGAUAGAACUUAAAUGAGUUCUGUAAAGUUUCUUUGAGUUUACCUGCAUUGAAUUAACACUAUAUUCAUACAUCAGUAGAUUUAUUUUAAAAAUUAAGAAUUUUCAUGAAAUCAUGUUUGAUAUGGCUAAAAAAUUACUCAGGAAGUAUUACUCUCCAAGGGUAUUUCAUUUUGUUUUGUUUUUUAACAUUUAAAAGACCCUAAUGAUACUCAUGUAUGUCCUCCUUUUUUUCCCCAGAAAGUUUUAUCAGUGCAUGAGACAAAGUGGUUACACAUUUUAUUGAAAUACAGUUUUCAUAUGAGGUAAGGGUCUCUCAGCCCUGUCUUCACUGCCUGAGUCACUUUGCUACUUUUUCAUUUUAAAUAUUUUUAAGUGCUCAGUGGAUAUGUAGAGGUUUUUUUGUUUUUGUUAUGGGAACUGUACUUUGCUUGUCUAUUUGAUAAGCACUUGAGCGUAGUCUUAAAAUUCAUCAUAUUUUAAGAUCUUGUUCAAUGAAUAGUUUUUAGGUGUCAGAAUUAUACUGUUGUUUCUAUUUACAUAUAAAAAAUAAACUUUUUGUAAAAUCA